UGUACACAAUAAUAUAGAUUUAGUUUAUGUUCUAAUAAUGCUAACGCAAUGUCAAUCAUUCAUUCAAGUGCUAUGCUAACAUAACUUAUUUUUUACUGCACCUAUAUAUACCUUGUACUUACAUAUAAAUUAUAGAAAUGUAAGUAAUUUUUGUUUUUUAUUGAAUAUAUAAAAUUUAAAAUUAGAUGUAGGUACAAAAAUACAUAUUAAUUCUAAACAGUAAUAGGUACAUGAAGUAAAUUUGACUGUAACUUAGUUAUAAUUGUACAAUGUAGAUAUAAUGAAUAAUUAAAUAUUUAAAUUUAUUGAGAAAAAUAGGUUACAAUAAUAGGUAACAGUUAUAACAUGAAUAAAGUUGAUAUUUUAAAGGCUUUUAUAUUUUUUAAUUAUGUGAACGAGACUUUUUUUUUCUAUGUUGAUUAAUAAGUGUAGUUUGUUGUACUAACAUAAACGAAAAUGUCUACAGGUCUUGACGCAAUUCAGUGGUGAAAUCAAUAAAUACGAACCUGGCGGGUGGGACAGUUUGCCGAAUACGUUUUGAGCAUGCUCAGACCGUGAACUUGCGUUGCCAUUCUGUUUUAGCCAGCUGGACGUUAGUAUAAGUUAUCUGUAGCUAGACUACUUUAAUACUCCUCAUUUAAAUUUUACUUUAAGUAUAAUGUCUUACUAACUCUUCACAAUGAUUCAACAAAUCGAAAUUUUCAGGUACCUAAAUAUUUUUUAUUGUCUUAAAUGUGUAUCAAGUUUUUACAAUAUUUUCAAUACAUAUAUAUAUGUAUAUAUAUAUAUACUUACCUAAUUUCUAAAAAAGAAUUUAACAUUUUUUUUUCAGGUUACCUUUGUUGAUAUGUACUACAUUGUGGUUAGUUUCAUCUGCAAUUAACGUAAAUUCGUUUGAACAAAAUAAGCAAUUUAAAUUUAAGUAUCAUGACAAUGACGAAAUGUUUAAUACAAUGUUGGAAGUACAUGAAAAAUGCCCAAGCAUCACUAGUAUUUACAGACUAUCAGAGAAUUCCGUAGAGGGCCGUCCACUUAUAGUGAUUGUAUUUUCUGUUCAUCCAAAUGAACAUAAAACAUGUUAGUAUUUUAUUUUUAAACUAUUUAUCUAUGCUCCCAUAAAUUAUCAAACAUUUAUAUGGACAAAAAUUAAUACUUUAUUGCAAAAUGUUAAAAAUUCAGUUAAAACAAUACAGUAAAAUUUUUAGUGGAUCCAGAAUUCAAAUACAUAGCUAACAUGCACGGAAAUGAAAUAUUAGGGAGGGAGUUAUUGUUGAAAUUAGCAGAUUACCUUUGUGAAGAGUAUAAAACAGGAAACGAGGAAAUUGUAAAACUAAUAACUACAACCAGAAUUCACCUAUUGCCGUCAAUGAAUCCUGAUGGAUGGCAGUUAUCCACAAAUGACGUAUAAUUAAAUUAAUAUUUAACCUAGUUAACUAUUGUAUAUUAUUUGCUGAUUUAUAAAAUGAAUAUAAUAAUAAUUGAUAUAUAAUAUACAUGUAUAUAUAUAAAUAUAUAUGCAUUUAGGGUGGAAACAAUUAUUUAAUAGGAAGAGAAAAUGCCGCAGGAGUGGAUUUGAAUAGAAACUUUCCAAAUUUAGACCGAAUUGUUUUUGAUAAUGAGGUCUACUACAAAGAUGUUAACAAUCAUUUGAUGCAAAUGGUGGAUCAUUUAUCGCAACCGGUAAACAACUUGUUCUCUUUUAUUUAUUUUUCAUAUAAAUUCAUUAUCAUUAUAACAAUAGCCUUAAAGUAAUAUAUUGUAUUGUAAUAUGAUAAUACUUAGGUAGGUAUGAGGGUAAUAAAUUAGUUUUACGUAUAAUUUAUUAUAACCAUUGGCGCAUAUUCAGUCUAAAACUUGGGAGUGCUGAAAUUAUUUACGAUAGGGUAUCACUGGGGGGGUUGCCUCCCAAUACCCCCAAUCUAUUCGACAUUUCAAAUUAAAAUUAUAUAUUACUUGCACAUUAAAUAAACAAAAUUGAAAUAAUGAGAUCCAAUUGUCAAUUAUGAAUCUUUCAUUGCUUAAUAAAUAACCAACAAUGGAUAGGUUACCUAUCAUAGGUACCUCUUUAAAAAUAUGAAAAUAAUUAAUAUAAGUUUACAUAAUGAAAUAAUAUAAAUACUAUACAAUAUGAAUUAUUAAUGGCAACCCCAUAUGUGCGCUAAUGAUUAUAGCCAACUUGAAUUUUAGACUCUAAAUUCAUCUAAAUAAGUAUUAGUUUUAACUUUCUGAUUUUUCCAUUCCGUACAUUGAAAGAUGCAGAUUUUUUACCCGAUGGUACUUUAUGGGAACAAAAUUAAAUUCUAUUUCUAACAGUUUUUCUAUGAAAUUUCAAAGACUGACAACAAAUGUUUCAUUUUUGAUCGGUAUUUAAAAUAGAAACCUUUAUAAAUUAAAUUAGGUAGGUAGGUACCCUAAUUCUAAAUAUUUCAAACUUCCACAUACUACAGUGAUCUACCCAUGGUACGAAGUACGUCCUACUUUUUAAUUUUAUGCAAUAAUAACAUUUAAUAAAAUAUAGAUAUACCUCCUACAAUAAUAUUAUCUACUUAUAUAAUAGCUUCGUUUAUUAAACGUAUAUAUUAUAGAAAUAUAAAUUAUAAGUUUUAUUGAUCAAUUAAAUUAUUUUUGCUUUUUAAAUACCUACCAAGAUAGAUAUUAUGGAGAGCCGAAGAGGUAGGCAUGGUAUGAAUAAUUAUCAUGUAGGUAAGUAUCUAUAUAAUAUAAUAGUUAUGAUAACAAAUUGUUCAUAUGAGUAAACGAUCUAUGGUUCUAUUUUGAUAAUUUAGGUCAAGUUAAAUAAUAUAAUUUAUUAAUAAUUAUUAUUAAAAAACAAAUACUUUAUAUAAUACAUUAUACAAUGUACCUGCCUAUUUGUAUACCUGCACCCGCAUAUUAUAUAUUGUUAGAUACAACCAGAAACCAAGGCUGUAAUGAAAAUGAUUAUGUCCAUACCAUUUGUAGCUUCUGCUAAUCUUCAUGGAGGUGAUUUAGUAGCUAACUAUCCAUAUGAUGAAAGUAGAGAUGGUACUGUACAAGGAGAAUACUCAAAAAGUCCUGAUGAUGAUACUUUUAAGUAUGAUUUAUAAUAAAUACUUAAUAAUUAAAUAUCAAACUAUAAUAAAUAAUUAUUAUAUUUAAAUAGAUGGUUAGCAUUAUCAUAUGCAAAUUAUCAUGCUGAUAUGGCUAAUCCUAAUAGAAUACCGUGUAGAGGAGGUGACACCAAUUUCGCAAAAGAAGGUGGCAUCACAAAUGGUGCUAAAUGGUACAGUGUUCAAGGAGGUAAUAAUAUCACAAUCAAUUUAUAAUAAUUAGAAAUUAGAUAGUCUCUAGAUAUUCAAAUGGAAAUGUAGGAAUGACUAAAAAUAAAAAUAUCAUAAAUUAUAUAAUUAAUUAGUAAAAUAAAUUGCGAGUAUUAUAAAAUAUACCUUUAGUCUUAAUAGAAAUGUAAGUAAAUAGUUUAUUUUCAACAUUUCUGAAAAAUUUCUGAAAGUUGAGAUGUUUAAAAUUAAAUAUUUCCCAUCAGGUAUAUUACUACUUGCUAAUCUCGUCAGACUAGUGUGAAGUAUAAUAGUGCCUCAGGGUAAACCACCUAAGGUCAUAUUUCCCAAUUAAUCUCUUCCUAAUUUUCUAAAAAUAUUCUGAAAUUUUGAAGGUUUUCCAGAUCAAGAUUUACAUAGGUACCUACCAACAUUACGAGUAUUUCUUGAUUUUUUUUUAUUUUAAACCAUUGUUUAACUAUUAUUAUUGAUACUUGACAUUUUUUUUUUAUAAAUAUAAAACAAAAAUGUAUGAACUUUAAAAAUCUAACAGAAAUUUUGCUUCAAUUUUGAAGUAUAGCACUUUUUUAAAAAAGAAAUAAAGAAAUUUGACUGGGAUACUUCUUUAGGGAGGUCAUUUUUUGAUUAGGUUUGAUUAGGUAUGAUUAAGGUAAAAUGUAUUAUUUUAAAAUCGUAAAUAUUACGAUCUUUCAUACCGAUAAACCGAACUCUGCUCAGAAUAGUUUUUUAUUGGCAUUAAUCGUUGUGUAUACAUUAAAUUUCCCCUCUAACUUCCCAACUUCUCACCUACUACAAUGCCCCCCCCAUCGUGCGAAGUGUGUACGUUUAUUUUUAUUCAUUGAAAUAGGUAUAGGUACCUAUAAUAAUUGUAAGUUAAAUUUAUUUUUUUUAAAUAUUUCACUGAAAUAUGUCUGAUCUUUGGUACAAAAUAGUGGUGGCUCUGAUGAGUAUUUGAAACAUAGGAUUAAGUAUAGUUGAAUAAACCGUAGAGAAGCGUUAGGUACUCAGGUGUUUAAUGUGACAAGAUAAUUCCAGUGUAGAGGUAAAUAGGUACUUAGUACUACAAGAGUGUGGUGAGGCCGAUUAUGUUGUAUGAUUUGAAGUGUUGGACAAGAAAUAGAAAAAUAUAACAAAGAAUGAGUGUAUUGGAGAUGAGAAUGCUUAGGUGAAUGAGUGGAGUGGAGAGAAAAUAUACAUAGCUUGGAACGUGUAUAUAAGAAGUAGCUUUGGUUUGGCCCCGAUGUAUAUAGUAAAUAAAUGAAAAUAGAGGCCUGAUAUCGAUAUAGGUUGUAAUGAGGAGUGAGGAAUCGGAAACAGUUAGCAAAUAAACACAAGAGGAAAGAGACUAUAAGGGAGACCGGAAAUUAGGUGGGUGAAUAUAAUUGAGAAUAUGAGAAUGGUCAGAGUAUGCGAGAAUAUUGUGAUAAAUUUAGUAAAGUGGAAAUUUAGGACGAGGGUAGCCGUUAUAGUUCAAUGAAGUUGAAUAUAUCAAUAGUUUGGAUAAAAACAAAGGAGAAGAUUUUAUUUAAAUACAAUGGAUUCCUCCUAAUGUGGACACGCUGGGACUAGUUAAAUUUGACAACAUUAAGCGGUUAUUCAUUUUAACCGAAAUGAGUGUCGUUAUACUUUAUAAUUGGGACCAAACCAUUAUGCUUUUAUUAGGCAGUUGCUCACAUUAACCGGUGUCCAGAUUAGCGGAAUCCACUCUAUUGCCUUCAUCGAGCUGAAUAAAUAAAUAAAUAGGUAUGUAGGUAUGUCAUUUUACGUAUGUAACAUUCGUACUACAGAGUUCAUAACCAACUAUUUAUUUAUAAUCAUACCUAGAAUUAUUAUACUAAUUUAAUUUGUACCUUUUACCUACAUCACAAACAUAAUAUUUAAAAAUUGUAUUUUAGGUAUGCAAGACUUUAACUACUUGUCUUCCAAUGAUUUUGAAAUCACUUUAGAGCUAGGUUGUGAUAAAUAUACAAAAGAAGGUGAAUUAAAAAAUGAAUGGGAAAGAAAUAAAAAUGCACUCAUUAACUUGAUUUGGCAGGUAGGUAUAUAUGUUAUUAAAAUAUAAUAUAAUAUACAAAAUAUAUAUUAUCAUUAUCACAUUUUUAUUUAAACUAUAUACUAAAUUUACUGUCUAUUAAAUUUAAAAAUAAAAAAUAUAUAAUACAUGAUCACCAAUCAGGAUAUACCUUAUGGUAUACAUAUUAGAUAUACCAGAUACUUGUAUGAUUAUAGUAUAUAAACAUGUGUACAAUUUGUAUAGUUGUGUUCAAAUAAUUAUUUUGAAUAUUGGAAAAUGCAUACUUUUAAUUCAAUUUUUUUUUUAGUCACACUUGGGAAUUAAAGGUAUUAUUCUAGAUGCACUUACAUUAAAACCAAUAUCAAAUGCAUUUGUUAAAGUGGUAAAUGUAACAAAUGGUAUAAUGACACCAAUCUUACACGAUAUUACAUCCGGUAUUACAUACAAUUAUAUUGCAAUUAAUAAUAUUUAUAUGUUGUAAAAUUAGUUUAAUUAAAUAUUUUUCAAAAAUUUCAGUUCAAGAUGGUGACUAUUACAGACUGCUUACAAAUGGUGAUUACCACAUUACAGCUUCUAUGGAUGGAUAUUUACCUUCAACUAAAUUAGUAACUGUCGUUAACAAUCCUCGUAAUGGAGCAAAAAUAGUGAACUUUACUUUGCAACAGGUUAGUUUCCAUAUUCAUAUCUAAUGAUAAUUGUUUAAAUAAAUUAAAUUAUAUUUUAAUAUUAAAUAAAAACAAUUUCAGAUAAUUUUACCUAGUAUUAGAAAUAGAAGACGAUUAAAAGCUUUGCAUCAUUCAACAGACUCAAUAUAAUAUACUUCCGAGGUUUUAAUUUAAACAAUCUAUCUAUCAACACUAGUGCACUUAGUUUGAUAAUUAUACAUAACUUAUAUCACUCUAAAUCUUUAUGUAAUACAAGCACAAUUAUAUCUGUAUUUGUUUAUUAUAUCGAAUAAUAGUAUAAUUAUGAAGAAAUAUUAAUAAAAAUACCACAGCAAUUUAGACAUCAACCAUUUUCUUCAUCUAGUGUUAUUUAAAUGUUUUUUUUAGCGAAAUAACUAUUAUACAAAUAUAAUAAACAGAUAAGUGAUUAAUAGGUAAAAACAACAUAUUGGUUCUUUCUUAGUCUUUAAUUUCUACACCUACGUAGAUAGUACUGUGUAAGUCCUAUUGGAGAAGAUUGGAAUAAAUACUUUAUACAUAAUUCAUAACAGAAUUAAUGAUGAAUCUAUUUUGAACCAUAUUAUUUUCCUAAAAAGAAAAACAAGUGAAAA